CAACGGGUAUUAACGCCACCCUGGCCAUGAGAUGAGCCACUAUCUCAUUUUACGUUCAUCUUUGGAUAAAGGUUUCAAUAUCGUGGAGACAGCGCAUCGCCCUAUAUGCAUUUUUCUAGUUGUACUUUUACACUACACUGAAGCCGUCUUUUCCCUGCGUCUACCGUAUCAAUGCAUUUCGUUUCGCCGUUUCUUCCAAUAACCUAUGCCUCAGAACAACCCGCCUCCCUGCGCUCUGAAAUAGAUGGUGCAAGUGAAAAUGUCCAAAUCUUCCGCAGGUCCUCUGUCUGGCGCUGAAACCGGCUCCCAAGCGCAUUAUUUUCAGCUGCCGCGCAAGUUGCCAAAACGCAAGAGCCGCUUCAAACGAUCAGAUGGCAGCACCUCUUCUGACACCACCUCCAGUUUCAUCAAGAGACAGGGCUCGGCCGAUUCGUACACGAGUAGACCGUCUGAUUCCGACCUGUCCGCCGAGGAGGACCGCGAGGCGUAUCGGCGCGAAGCCGAGCGCCAGGCCCAGCUGCAGCUUGAGAGAGCCAAGACGAAGCCGGUAGCAUUUGCAGUGAAAACAAAUGUGAACUACUGUGGGGCCCUGGAUGAAGACUGUCCUGUCCAUGGUGCUGCUAUUAACUUUGAAGCCAAAGACUUUCUACACAUUAAAGAGAAAUACAACAAUGAGUGGUGGAUCGGGAGGUUAGUGAAGGAGGGGGCUGAAAUCACGUUCAUCCCCAGCCCCCUCCGCCUGGAAGCCAUGAGGCUGAAGCAGGAACAGAAACAGCAGAGGAAAACUGGAGGAAACUCUUCCUCCAGUCUGGGUGACAUGGUGUCUGGAGGCUGGAGGUCCACGCCCCCUUCUGCAGCCAAACAGAAGCAAAAGCAGGCAGAACAUGUUCCCCCCUACGAUGUGGUUCCGUCCAUGCGGCCUGUGGUUCUGGUCGGGCCUUCCCUGAAAGGCUAUGAGGUGACAGACAUGAUGCAGAAAGCACUGUUCGACUUCCUCAAGCACAGGUUUGAAGGAAGAAUCUCCAUUACUCGGGUCACUGCCGACCUGUCCCUGGCCAAGAGGUCUGUCCUAAACAAGAGAGCCAUCAUGGACAGGUCCAAGCCUGGUCUGGCGGAGGUACAGAGUGAGAUUGAGCGCAUAUUCGAACUGGCAAAGACUCUACAGCUGGUGGUGCUGGACGCCGACACCAUCAAUCAUCCUGCCCAGCUCGCCAAGACCUCCCUCGCCCCCAUCAUCGUCUACGUCAAAGUGUCCUCUCCUAAGGUGCUGCAGAGGCUGAUUAAAUCUCGGGGGAAGUCUCAGAGUAAGCACCUCAAUGUACAAAUGAUGGCUGGGGACAAGCUGGCUCAGUGCCCCCCUGAGAUGUUUGAUGUCAUUCUGGAUGAGAACCAGCUGGAGGAUGCCUGCGAACACCUGGCUGAGUACCUGGAUGUCUACUGGCGUGCCACUCACCUGCCUGGCUCCGCCCCCAUAAACCCCCUGUUGGAGCAAAACCUGAUGACCCCGCCCUCUGCCAUCUCCAGCUUACAGGACCAGCAGCUGCUGUCGGGAGGGGGGGUCAGGGGGGAUGAAGAAGAGGAGGAGGAGGAAGAGGAAGAGGAAGAAGAAGCUGAUCUGGGUGAGGCCCACUCCCCCGUAGAGCAGGACAGCCUUAUGCCAUCAGACGAGGCCAGCGAUUCACUAUCCCAGGGCAGGAGGGGCUUGCGCCGGCUACGCCGUGAGGAGGAGGAGGAGGAGGAAGAAGAAGAAGAGGAGGAGGAAGAGGAGGAGGAGGAGGAGGAGGAAGAGUACGAUUCCCCCGGCCGUACCCACUCAUACUGCGACAUGUACCCGCCCCUCCGCAGCCACCCUGGCGGUGUGCACAGUGCUAACGGCCACGAGGCGCAGGACCGGCUGCUUCAGCACAAUAACAGGCAGCGCGCUCGAGCAUGGCCUCGCCAAAACUACUGACACUGGGCAGGGCGGGGCUGGGGGCGGGGCUGGGGCGGAGCUCUGACACUCAGGACAGGGUCAGCCGUGGCAGCAGCUUCUUCUGUUCUGUUCCUGUAGCUCUUCUGUGGCUAUACAACUGGUCUUCCUCUCUGGGGAUGGGAGGUGGGCCAGUAUUGCCAGAUGCUUGUUUUUUUUCUAAAGCGAACUUCCCACCUUCCCCGAUACUUUACCUCCCUUUCCCUUUCAAAUUCCCCUUUCUACUGUGGUCUCUCCACACUUCUGUCCUCUGAAACUCCGCCUUCACUCUGGCAACCCUCUAGGAAUGGGGCAAGGGGGUUUUGCUGCUUGCUGACCCAGUCCUGAAGGUCCAUCUCAUGUUUGUGGUCAUGUACCCAGUUGGUUUUGGUUUUUGUUUGGCGUAGUUCUAGUAUGGCUGUCCCUUGCUAUGGGGACAUCAGCCCUCACUCCAGCACACAUUCACAGUGUCCUGUCAGUCACAAAUUCAUUUUUAAAUUUACAGAGCGAUGCGGUGGCUCAAUACGUUUGAAGACCACAGGGAAAAUAGCGACUCUUCCAUUUUGUGUGAAGCUCCUUCUGUCCCAGUCCUCUUAGAUAGGACAGUGAUAGUUUAGAGAAAUCGGUAAUGGCUCCCAGCCAGACCUAACUUAACAGUACCUGCCUUUGAGCUAGUUAUAGGUAGAUAUAGGCCAUGUCCUGUUUUAAACAGGUACCUUUGUGGCUCCUGGUGAUAUAAAGAUGUAGCAAAGUAUACAGGGCAGCAGUGAAGAGGAGUAUGUGCACUGCUGAGUUUGAUGUAGAGUUAGGCCAGAUUACAGAGCGGAAGCUCGGCUGGCGGGGGGUGGGGUGGGGUGGGGGGGGGGGGUGUUCUUCUUGCACAUAUGCCUGCCAACUCCUGCCAUUUCCUCAUUUUUCCUCCUUUAUUUCCUUCUUUCCCUUUUUCAACAGUGUUUUUGAGCUUGAGUAUUGGAAUUGUUUGUUUAUUGUGACUGGCACCAACAAAUCAAGGUCACCGUCAUUUUCUCCAGAGGGAGAGAACGCUGCGAGAGCUGGCUUAGAACACCUUUGUACAAGACAGUCCCCAUGUUAUUGACUCUAAAACACAGGCAGUAUGGCCAGCUCUCCCCACCUGCUGGCUCUAUCGCUCACUAUGAAGCAGUGAAUCACCAACCCCCCAUACAAAGCAGUUGGGGGGUUAAUGAUUCACUUCAUAUUGGAAUCUCUAACCAACCAAUCAGUGAAGCAGUGAAUCACUAAUCCCUCACAUGAAGCAGUGAGUCACUUGCCAGCCCAUUGUAAGCAGUGAGUCGCUAACCUUUGAAGCAGUGCUUUCUGCUGCUUCUCUUUGUCGUUGAAUGUAAGUACGGCCCAGCCCAGUCCCCUCUGGCUGAGGCUGGAGCGUCAUGGAGGAGCGACACCUCGCCCUGUCUAUACUCCCACGAGCCUCCUCCCUCUUUCCAGUCACAGAGGUCCACUCUCAAAAAAACGGCCAUAUUCUAAAAUCUCAAUAAACAUCUCGUUUCAAAAUUAGAACAUGCUAACCUGCUCUUUCGCUUCUUCUUAACUGGUUAAAACUAGUUUUAAUAAGUUUGAAAAAGGCAAGCAACAAUUUGCCACAGCUAUCACAAGCUAUCAGACAUAUCUGGUAACAUAGGACUGGCCUUCAUUCCUGACACUUUAUGUAUCUCUACCAUUGCAUGCAUAAAUAUUUAUUAUAAUUAAUUUAGCUAGAUCUAUUUGCACAUUAAGGUCAGGAAAGGUAGAGCUACUUAAAAAUAGAAAUCACUCACUUCAACUGUUAGGCUGUUAGUGGUACUUCUAAGGAUUUUGUACAUAUUACUUUGGCACUGGAUCAAUCUGAGUUACUCUUUAUUUUGUAUUGAACAGUAUUGAACUGUGCUUUGUUUCAAAGACGUUUUGCCAUGUUUACACAGGUUUGUCUCUGUUCAUAAAUGACAAGAGGGUGGUUGGUAUAUAGCUGGAUAUUUGGUUAUGUACUAUGUUCAUAAAGCUGCAGUACACUGUACAAUAGUGGUAGAUCUAAUAUCAUAUUUGGAACGUUUCUAUAUUCCUUACUGGUAAUCGAAACUCCCCCGGCUAUGAUAUUGAGAGUGCAGUGGGUCCUUUGAGGAGUUGCAGUACUUGGCUGUCCUGUAGGGGGCACUCGGUGUCCAUGUUCCUGUGGUCCCGUUUAGCUGUAUGUUUGUACUCCCAUUCAUCUGUCUGUUUAUCGGGCCAGCUGAGUCCUGUCACCUUGGUCAGCACCAUGUUAGCACUUAAGAGACUGCAAAGAGAAAGUGAGAAGCCAAAUAUUAAACAUGGCCAGAAUUCAAUCAAAUUUUGUCCUCAACUGUGACUUACUCUGAAAGGUUUAAAUACAUGCUAGUGUGGAAGUACUAUGUUUUAGGAAACCACUUUUAAAAAAGAUUGUUUAGCUGAAAUUUGACAUAACACAUAAAUAUGGGCCAGAGAUUUCAGUAAAUUCCGAUUGAAUCCAAAUAAUUUUGGGGGUUGGGUGGGUCCGACCUUCAUGACCAGUUCAAAUGCUGUGAUCUGUUGUGACUGCUCGGCUAUGUGCAUAUGCAGCAGUACUUGAGGGGGGGGGGGUGCAGGACUGGGUUAUUUAAAUCCACACACACGCAUACAAACACACAAUCCCACACACACUCAGAUACUUCAGAGAAUGUAACUGCAUGCCUUAACACAGCUGGCCUUCCAUUCCAGCCAGGGUAAAACCAGGCAGUUUGUUGUGUCCAGUGGAUUGUCUGUUCCAUUCACCACACCACACUGUGCAAUAUGGCACUGCACCAUAGCACACCACACUAUACCUCCCCACCCUACGCUGUACUACACCAGACCUCACCACAUCACACCGCACUGUUCUAAUGAGGCCACGCUGGGGCACCCUCUGGUGGUGUUUGCUUGUCACUACCCCUGAAGCAGCCCAUAUUUUGAUGUGCUGUGUGUUUGACAGCACACAGAUUUUAAUGGAGCACUGUAGGAGACAUUUAAUGCGCAAAGCACUGAAAACUGCUAUAAGCUAUGCACAGUCUAUGAUUCAGAGCUUCCUCAAAACAAAAACAGGCCUGAACAUGAUUGCUGAGACACACACGGACAUACAAGUCCACACACACACACACACACACACACACACGCCCACAUAUUCCUGUUUGCAUAUAAUGCACUCUACAGUCAGCUGGGGCAUAGUAAUGCAGAGGCAUUUAAAGCAGUGCAGAUAAAAGGCUCUGUUGUGUUCCUCAGCUUAAAUUCUUGAAUCAAGACCUCCCCACCCCACCCUGAACUAUGGCUACACUCAGUCCGAGGAAAGAAAGCUUAUAAACUCUGAAUAAUUUACCAGCAGUACGGCUCUGUGAUUAAGGUACUAUUUCCCCUUUGAGUAACAUUAUGAACUACAAACCAGGUUGUCAGGCUUUUUUUUACCCCUGUCAGUGCAACCAAUAUGAAGACGCUGAGGAAUACAAGUCCUCUUUAGAGUCCCUGUGCAUGCUAGGAGAUAUCUUGCACUGAUCCUGGCAUGGGGUAUGCCCUGUCAGAGAGUGUGUCCUUUUGGCUGGGUGUAUUCAUUGUUAGGAUGUGUCUGAGUGGAACACACCGCAUGCUCUCAGUAUAGGUCUGCACCACGAAAACACACAAUGCUGCCGUUGCACCUGGUUGUGUGAUUCUUAACUGGCAGUGUGAUUUUAUACAUUGGUGUGUGAUUGUUACCCGAGUAUGUGAUUGUUACUUUAAUGUUUUGAUUGUUACCCAAGUAUGUGGUUGUUGCCUGAGUGCAUGGAUGUUAUUUUUGUGUUUCCUACCUGGUUGUGCGUGUUACUUUGAGUAUAUGACCAUUGCCAAGUUGUGUGAUUGUUACUUCAGUGUGCAAUUGUUACCUGAAUGCGUGAUUGUUACCUUUGUGUUUUAUUACACAGGUUUGUGCAUAUUACCUGGAUGUGGGAUUGUUACAUUAGUGUGUGAUUGUUACCUGGCCAUGUAUCACUUUUCUAGUGAUGAAAGGAUUUGAUGCUCAGUUCUUUCAUGUGUGAUAAACCUAAAUGUUUCCAUCAAUGGGAACAACUAACCAAUCUAGUUAAUUUACAUCUAUGUUUAGACACACAUGCAUGCUUAAAUCUCAGUAACAAAUCUUAUCAUUUUAUGUCUCAAGUUUACACAUAAGGAAAAGGGAUUCCUGCUCCAUCCUAUCAGAACCCACAGGCCAGUGAGUGUCAUUUGACACAGCUUUGAAAAGACAGAUAUCGCCAAGGCAACCACCUCCAUUUUGCCCAGAGCCCCCCUGAGAGAGAAAGGCCAGUGUACUGCAGCUUGGCAGUCUGUGUCCACUUCUUACAGGUGUCUUUACAGGUAUCUAUCUAUUCUAUUGUAUUUUGGGGAAAAAAACCACAGCAUGACUGAAAAAUUCCUAUGCAAGUGUUGCAUGAAAAUCUGAUUGUUUCUUUAUACAUUUCUGAUAUACUUUACUAACUGAUUAUUAUUCUUCAUAUUAUUAUUAUUGUUAUUAUUGUUAUCAUUGUUAAGUACAAGUAAUUCUGUUUUAUACACAGACAAAUGAAAAAGAACUUUUGGUCACCUUUAACUCUUUUGAAUUGGGAAUGAUUCAAUUGUAGGAUUAUGCAGACAACAAGGGUCUCAGAACAGAUAGUUUGAGGGAUGGGGUGCAUUGCAGCGCAUGGUGUACUAAUUUUAUUAUUAAUGAAUAGUUUAAUUUAUUAAUUAAUAUUAUAUUGCUUCACAUAAUGAUAGAAGCAUAUGUAAGGCCUAGAUAUAGAAUCAAUAUAUUGAGCAUAUUAUUAUAAUAAUACAUUUCUUACUGGAUAAAAGAAACCUCACUUUUUAAAAACUACAGUCCUGUAGUUUGCCUCACAUUAUUCUCAUUGGAUAAAUCUGGUCAUAGUAUGUCUAUAGAGACUCAUUUGUGCUAUUGUGAGAUUGUAAGAAUAAGAGUUGACCUGUGGAAGAAAAGGAUUCCACCACUAAUCUACUGCACAUUGUAGAAAAGCUGGGUCUCACAUUUAAAUCAUCCUGACACCCUUUUUUUCAUGUAAUUUUACUGCAUAAAAAUGCAGUGCACUGCUUUGUUUUCACAUCAAUAGUAAAACUAACAGUACACUAUAUAUCCAAAUGUGUCCUUUUCCCAGCAAGAAAAUUAAUUUAUUGAAUUAAUACAUCAGAACUUCUACAAAAGCGUCAGUAAAAAGUCUUCCAUUAAGAAAAUGUUUUAAAUUCAUGACAAAAUUAGCAUUGGGUCCGUUCAAAAAAUCAUUCCAAUGGAUGAGGUCAUACAGCGUUGGUCUUCAAGUGCUUCUAAGCCAAGUGAAAUCUGCUUUCACCCGAAGCUGUCCUCUCCUUUCACCUUCUAGGCUUGCGAUGAGAGAAGGCAAGAGAAUGGCGAAGUUAGCACGCUUUAAAAAAAUUUUAAUUUUUUUUUAAAUUGUGAAACUAUCCGUCCCCCCGAAAGAAUUUGGAAAAUUACGAAGGGAAAAAUACUUUUAAAAUGAUUUGAAGAGAACGGACAGGGAUGGAGACGGAUUUCACAAAGGCAAUUUACUUUACCCAUCCGGCUGUAUUCGUUUUGAAUGUAAGCGCUUCGCGUGUCGGCGGUUCUGGCGCACGCGACGUUAAAUUUCCCCGUGCGCGGAGACGCCCAGCUCCCAUGCGCUUUGUGGGAGAGAUCGGAAACUACGACCAACCAAAUAUAAAAAAAAGGAGGAAACACUGCUCAUCCGAGAGGUGCUUUCAGGACUGCGGGGGGUCCUUUGGGUCCCGUGCUAAGGUGUGCCACCCUGUUUAUCCUGCCACUGGUUUUCGAACUCAUGUAAAAUACAACCUGGCACUGAAGGCUUCGUCUGCUGUAUUCCUUGUUCUUCCCUGUGGACCAAUACAUUGCUCGAAAAAGAUAGCGGUUUUUUGGAUAUCUGAAGCACAAUUUUUACAGUGAUUGCUAUUCAGUUGUUUUCCUUUAGUCAGAUAUUCUCAAAUUCUGUAUGCAAUACAAAGCUUAGCAUUGACAGACAAUGCCUUAGACCAUCGAGACUUCUGUGUAGGUAGAAAAAAAAUUGCACUAUUUUUCUUUUUGAUGUCUGCUUUGUAAUGCAAUAAAUGCCCUUAAUGUAAUCAUAUACCCACUUCUGUGUUCUAGCGUGGCAAAACACGCCAUAUCACUCUGAGGAAGAAAAAAAAAAACAUGAAAAACUAUUUCCUGCCUGAUGCUGUAAAGAAUGCUUUCUAUUUAAAUAUAAAUUUAAAACCAGUAAUUACAAUAAACAUGACAUUUUAUGUACUUUUAA